CAUAGUAUGUACAAACCUAUGAUGAAAACGAAGGAAGACUAUUUCGGUGUAUGUCCCGGCCACACUCUACCCGGAGAUCGUAUUGCAAUACUUUUAGGAGGGUCAGUGCCUUUCGUCCUACGACCGUAUAGAGAGUAUUAUGUCAUUGUCGGUGAAUGCUACGUCCACGGGAUCAUGGAUGGCGAGGCU